AUGGCUUCUGGAAUUAGCAGUAAAACAGAGCCCGCGGCUCCCAUUAUCGAGGUCUUGUUGUACGACGCGAGCAUGAUCGACCGGAGGAGAUUUUGGAUGAGAUCGAUAUUCUUCGAGAUCAGCAUCGGGAACGCGGGCAACAAACAAUUCGGCCAUAGCCAAUGCUUCGAGGACGAGGAUAAGGAAGAGAGCAUUCCACCGAAUCGAAAGAAAUAUUUAAUAUAUCAGGAGCAAGGUUCUCACGGUGUAAUCGCGGGAGAGGGAGCAAGUUUGUUUCGAAACUGGCACAGCGAUUUCCAGAAUAAUUUUAAUUCGUCUCGACAGGAGGAGAAGUUGGAGAAACUGGAAGGCAUGGUUGCACUCGAGAGCGCCGAUGCUUACAUAUACUACAACGCGAUGAUUCGUGGCUUGAACAACCAUUGCAUCCGAUAUUUGGAUAUAUUAGACACGAGGCGAUACGACGACGAGGGUGGUAGCACGAAGCUCGAUCGGUAUCGCGUGAAUUUCUGCCGUAACGAGAUCGAGAACAUUCUGAAGAGGAUCAGCAUCAACGGCGAACUUCCGAACAACAAUUACAUCAGGAUCGCUAUGGUGCACGGAUACCAGUAUCUCGGCAAAGUGAAGAAGCUACGAGAAGAUCACAGUCUCCCGGACAUUUUCAUUUGGAUGAUAACCGGGUCGAAGCGGCGGGUGGCGUACGCGCGAUUUCCGGCCGAAAAAAUUAUUUACUCGGAGGAAAGGGCGGAGAAGGGAUCGCUUUGCGGCCGUCGAAUGGACGUGUUUCUGAGAAAUCCAGGGGACGACGACGAGGCCGAUUACAUGGCCUGCAAGCUUGAAAUUUUCCUCUGGCUUGGAAACGCUGAUUAUAUCGCUGCCUGUUGGUCCUCUAUCCCUCCUGGUUACAGCGUGAAUCACGAGCAAACUAUCUACACGUUCCCGAAAUAUUUGGAGUACACUCAUUCCACGACAUUUCAGUUGCGUGCUCAUAUAUUCCAAGGUCACUUCGAUCCCGGUAUGGACACAUCCGGCUUAUUGGAUCCGCUGGUACGCGUCUGUUUCCACGGUUACUCGAUCUCCACCAGGGUUGUUAAGCAGACCCUGGACCCGUUCUGGGAUCAAACUUUGAUAUUACCGCCUAGAACCGUGCACGGAUCGAAAGAGUACAUUAAAUUAAACCCGCCUAUAGUGAUACUGGAGGUGUACGACUUGGACAUAUGCGGCAUAAAGGAGUUCUGCGGAAGAUGCACGGCCGUUCCAUUAGUUAAACUAGCGGAGGAAACUUACUCCCCGCCCGAUUUCCCUCCCAAACUUGGCUGGCACAAAUUUAAAUCUCAAAGGGACUUCUCUGGCUCGGUGCUCGCCGCCUUCGAGCUCAUAGAGGAAGAAAACGAAGACCUAGACAAACCGAUUCAUCGCUCGAUGCUGGAUACCAUUUACAGUAUACCGGAUGAUAUCAGGCCGAAAAUGGCGAGUUACAGGCUUGAAAUAAUAUUUUGGGGAGUGAGAGAUAUGAAAAAGCUGUAUUACAUGCCCGUGCUGAGUCCUCGGAUUAUCAUAGAGUGCGCCGGUGUCGACGUCAAGUCGGAAAUAAUGAGAAACGCGAAAAAAUUCAGCAACUUCAAGGAGCCCCACGUAAUCAUCGAAUUGGAUAUGCCAGAGCUCGAAAUCUAUUAUCCAAGCGUGGUAAUAAAAGCGUUCGACUCGCGGGGACUCGGUUGCUUCAAGUACGUUGGAAUUUGCAUCAUACCGAGCGUCAACAUAUUUCUGGAGCAGUUAAUAACUGAGGAUGAUUACGAGGAGCAGAUAUACGGGAAAAAAAGGAUCUUCAAACCUUUCAAACCUUUCGUGGAAAAACCUGAAACCGUUCUGCCUCUGCCGAUCGAUUUCGAUCCGAAAAAAGAAGACGAGCGCAAGAAAUUGAUCCCCUACAAGAAGAUGGGCGUUAAAAUCACAUGGAUCAAGAAGAUUCUGCUCUGUUUGAAACAUUUCUUCACGUAUCUGGUGAAAAGGAAAGAGCGAAAGAAAGAAUUUCUCACGAGCGACGAGGACGAGUCGCUAGACUGGUGGGCCAAAUACUUCGCUUCCCUAGAGGUAUACGACGGAGAACUGGAGAUGCAGCCGCAAUUCUCCGGCUUCCAGGAUCGUCUGAGAACGUUCGAGCUCUGGAAGGGGCGCAAGAGCGAGGAUCCCGACUACGACAGCGAGAAUUACGUCGGGAAAUUCAAGGGGCGUAUUUGCGUGUAUCGCUGGCCGCACCCCAACAACUUGCCUUGCAAAACGAGAAGCGGGAGAAGCGCGAGCAAUGGCCUGUGCGACGAUUAUCCGCAUUCGGAGUCUAUCAAACUCGUGGUUAGAUUAUACGUGGUGAAAGGCAUCAACUUGCAGCCUCAGGAUCCUCUAACCGGAAAAUCCGAUCCGUAUAUCUGUAUCCGGCUUGGCAAAACGUAUAUCAGCGACCAAAAGAAUUACAUACCGAACCAGCUGAACCCAACUUUUGGACGGUUCUUCGAGAUAGAGGCAGUUUUCCCUCGCGAUUGCACGAUGAUCGUGCAAGUAUGGGAUUACGACGCGACCACGGCCGACGACCUGAUAGGGGAGACGAAAAUCGAUAUCGAGAGUCGAUUCUACAGCAAACACCGCGCCACGUGCGGCAUAUCCAAGAUAUACGCGGCCGAGGGGUACAAUCAGUGGAGGGAUCGGGAGAAACCGACGCAGAUACUCGAGCAGCUGUGCAGGAGGAACAAUCUUCCGUUGCCCAAGUACAGGGACCGUUACGUGAAAAUCGGGCGUAAAACGUUCCCUUCGACGAAACCGAGUACCCUGAAUCCGAACUACAGGAAUGCAUGGCGCUGA